AUGUCAACUGUUUUACCUAUUUUAAUACCAAAGAGCAAGAACAUUUUAUUACUGAAAGAUGAUAUUGGAAAACCAAAACCAAGUACUCGAAAUCUUCCAGGCAAUAAUUUUGCAUAUGGAAAACAAAGCAAAAGAGAUCCUAUCUAAAUUUAAUUUGCUAAUUUAGAAUGUGAAAAUCAAAUUAAUUCAUCCUUGAGAAGAAAUCAUAGAAUCUAGAGAUCAGAUAUUACCUUAAUGACUCAUGGGAUCAAAUAUAAACCAUAAACUCCUUUUGAUAAAAUUUUAAAAUAAUAAUAUGCUUCAGAAGCAAAAGAACUAUUAGAUAAAAUCUAUCAAUAAAGAAUAAAUUCAGAACCAAAAAAAUAAUAUAUCAAUAAUCGAUCAUUUUCAUUAAGAUAAUAAUAUAAUACAAAAAAACAUUAGAAAAUAAUAGCGAAGCCUUAGAAGAAUCAAGAAAUCAAAUUUAAAAUAUGUUUAUGA